AGUAUGCAACAUUAACCCAACUCGUCAACCAUAAUUAUAGAUAGCUUUCCUUGCUUUGCUCACCCUUCCUCUACUCUUCCCUUUGUUUCCAUCUAGCUGCUAGAUAUGCAAAACAAGACCAUGAUUAGGUCAAGUAUUCUGUUUCCUGCUUUAAUAGCUCUAUGCACCUUGUCAUCUUUUACAUCUUCUACAGCGGAGCUACAACGAUUCCCGCACGCAGUGAAAGCCGAUGGAUCUCUCAGCCUUUUGGUUCUGGGAGAUUGGGGAAGAAGAGGAGCCUACAACCAAUCUCAAGUUGCUAAUCAGAUGGGAAUAGUUGGAGAGAAGUUGGAUAUUGACUUUGUAAUAUCCACCGGCGAUAAUUUUUACGACAAUGGAUUGACGGGCAUCUAUGAUCCACAAUUUGAAGACUCCUUUAGCAAAAUCUACACGGCACCAAGCUUGCAAAAGCCGUGGUACAGUGUUCUUGGUAAUCAUGAUUAUAGAGGUGAUGUUGAGGCACAGUUGAGUCCUGUCCUUACGGAAUUGGAUAGCAAAUGGCUUUGCUUGAGAUCCUUCAUAGUUGACGCCGAAAUUGUGGAGUUUUUCUUUGUGGAUACAACUCCCUUUGUUGAUAAAUACUUCACUCAUCCAGAGGAGUCCGUCUAUGACUGGAGUGGCAUAUUACCUCGAAAUGAUUACCUAUCAAAUCUUCUCAAGGAUGUGGAUUCAGCCUUAAAAGAUUCUACUGCAAAGUGGAAGAUUGUGGUUGGUCACCACACGAUUAGAACCGCUGGAUAUCAUGGUGAAACCAAGGAGCUUGUAACGCAGCUUCUCCCGAUUCUUCUGGAAAACAAUGUCGAUCUUUACAUCAAUGGCCACGACCAUUGCUUAGAACACAUAAGCAGUCCCGACAGCCCACUUCAAUUUCUAACAAGUGGUGGUGGUUCAAAGGCAUGGAGGGGUGAAGUUAGCCCUUACAGUCCAAGCGAAAUGAAGUUGUAUUACGAUGGGCAGGGUUUCAUGUCAGUGCAGAUCACUCAAACCGAAUUGGAUAUUGCAUUCUACGAUGUUUUUGGCAAUGUCUUGCACAAAUGGGGGACAUCAAAGCAGCAUUACUCUUUCAUGUAAAGAGGUGGACAUGUAGAAGUAUACGCAAUCUGUGUAUGGUUCUUAGUCUGCUAUAUUAUUUGUAAUGCAGGUAAAAAGAGGUAAAAUUAUAAGUGCCUAUGUCUGGAUAAUUAUGUCGUUAAUGGAACUUAAUUUGCUUAAUCA